AUGAAACUAGGAUUGUUAUUUCUAGUUUUUGUUAUAUUUGGUAUUGUUGUUGCCAAUUUAAGCUUAGAAAAGAGUAGUAGUGAAGAUUUAGAUUUGCAAAUUGAUGUAGAGCCAAAGAUUUGCACAGCCACCUGUAAACUAUACCUCCCUGAAGAAGCAUGUACCAGUCAAGGCAAGGUGUUAGUUCCAAUCAGUGACACUGUUUGUUGUCCCUAUUGUUGCUAUAACUCUUUUGCAAUGGCAGAGGUAGCAAAGAAGUGUGCUGUCUAUUGUAGAUUAUACUUGGAUCCAGCAGAAUGUACAAGUAGAGGUCAGAUCUAUGUUCCAAUAAGUGAUACUGUCUGUUGGUCCAUUGCUUAUAUUAUCUUAACCAUUUUUGUUGUUGCAUGUUUUGUAGCGAAUUUAGAUUCGGAUUUAGAUUUCGAUUUCGAUUUCGAUUUCGAUUCAGAUUCAACAUCAGUUAAUGAAGAUAAAGAAACUUGCACUCCACCUGCAGACUCUACCCCAGCAAAGAAAAAUGUACCCACCAAAGCAAAACUUCAAUGA